UCUUGAUGAGUGUACACGUGAGAUUUGUGUGACUAAUGUUGAGAGAAGAGUUAUAACUUGACGUGAUCAUGAAUAAAUCUAAGGAAACAAUUGAGGAUAUUUUAAAGGAUGCGGCUGAGAAUGGAGAUACCCAAAAGCUGAUUGGACUUCUGGAAAAAGGGGCACCUUUCGUCGUUGAUAUGGAUGGGCAGACAGUACUACAUCUAGCGGCCAUUAAAGGACACACAAGUACUGUAGAGGCACUGCUGGACCGAGGCUGUGAUGCAAACAUUCAAGAUUUUUGUGGGCACACCUCCCUACAGCGUGCAGCUGCUGGCGGCCAUCUUGAAAUAUCUAAACUUCUCCUUGAACACGGGGCUUCAGUUGAUCAUCAGGAUGAAUUGUAUGGAAACACUGCCCUACAUGAGGCUGCCUGGAAAGGAUAUAGCAGAACUGUAAACCUUCUCUGUAAGAAGAAAGGAAAUGUUUAUAUCAAGAACAGGGGAGGGUUUACCCCCCUACAUCUCUCCUGUCAAAACGGGCACAAUCAAAGCUGUAGAAACAUCCUCAUCACAGGAUGUAAACCAGAUCUUAAAAACGAUUACGGAGAUACACCAAUACAUACUGCAGCUCGGUACGGUCAUGCUGGGGUCAUCAGGAUACUGGUCAGCGCAGCAUGCAGGGUAUCAGAACAGAACAAGAAUGGAGACACAGCUCUACAUAUUUCGUCUGCUAUGGGUCGGAAGAAAUUGACAAGAAUUCUUCUUGAAAUCGGAAUAAAUCGAUGUUUAACCAAUAAACAGGGAGAAACUGCUCUAGAUAUUGCAAUGCGGAAAAAUUUGACCGAAAUCAUUAAUAUUUUCCAAUCCAUCGCUGAACCAACAACUAAAACUAUCGAAACCAAGUCUGUCGAUCCUCGAAUGCAAGGAGUGGAUGAUAUAAUUCGAGAAUCUGAUCUUCGAGCCGCGGAAACUCGAGCCUCAAACCACGAAGGGUCGAGCACGUCCUUUGACCGAGCCAGGAAAAGCCGGUCGAGCAAGCUAGAUAACCGAGUUAAUUUCAAACAAAAUGAUCCUGACACUAGUGAUUUAAGUGAGUCAAGUCAGUUUGAUGCUAUCAAAAGUCUGAAUAAAGACUUAAAGAGACGUCAAUAUAAAUCCAAAUCCUCAAAUUCAAGUCAAAUACAUGAGCGAUCUCAUCGCUCGACGAUGAAAACGUCAGAACGACGGGAUCAUGAAAGACGACGCGAUCAACGUCCGUCGCGCAAUAACAACUCAUGCGACUGUGUACCGUUUCUGGAAAAAAUCGGAAAACGGCUUGAGAACGACAAAAAGCAAAUAAUCCACCAGAUCAACAACCAGAACAAGAAGCUUGACGGUCGGCUUGAAAACCUGGAGUCGAAGACGAAAAAACAAAUCUUAAACUUUCAUCAAACCAUGAAGGAAUGUUUUGCAGAGGAGAGAGGAGAUUGUCAAUCUAGGAUGGAUCGGCUUACACUUAAGGAAAGAAUAGAAUUAGAGCGGCAGCAAGCUAUCCGAGAUAUUCUGCUGAAACGAGAUAUUGCUCGCUGGUUACAAGCCAAGAUGGUAGAACUUGAACAAGGACUAGAACAGGCUCCUCAGGAUAAGGCAAUUAUGCGUAAACUAACAAGGAGAAAGUCUCGGCGUGAAACUAGAUCAAUGAUCUCUGAUUUAAAGAACGGAACUCUCCGAAGAUCAAACUCUGCUGAGCUGAUCUCUGAGCUGGGAGAGAGUGAUCUAGAUUCAGCUCAAGGUAGUACUAAACAGCAGGAUAGGGUUCAAGUCUACAGAGGACUAAGGAUCAGUGAUAAACCCCUAGAAGUAAACAACGACAACAACAACAACAACAACAACAACAACAACAUGCUGUCUCCUACCGAAGAAGGAUGUGUAAAGAGAGAGGAAAGGAUCCGACCGAGGAUCCGACACAACUCAGAUGGGAAUUAUGACGACAUUAAUCUAAUGCAGGAGACCAUAUUUUCUGUGCAAAGUGAAAUGAAAACCAAGCCCCCUGAAGAUAAUAUUUACGAGAACUUGAUACCCCUGUACAGUACAGAAACACAUCAACCAAUUAGUAAAGAAAAAGCAGUUCUAAAAAGUCCCCCUCUGUAUCCCAAAAGUCCUCCAAUGUUUACUAACAAUCCUCCACUUUUCCCCAAAAAGUCCGCGAGACAGCUAAACUUUUCAACCAGUAGUUCGGAUAAACUAAUCCGACCUCCAUUGUCUUCUGAUACAAGUUCUAUAGAUUCACAUAAUGAUAGUGGAUACUCAACCAGAAUAGCAGUUAGUGAGGGUUCCUCACCCCCCCUAGGGGACCCGGAACCCCUCCUGGACCCCCAAGCUCUAUACAUGAUCCCCCCUGACCUUAUGAAUAGAUCGGAUAGUGGAUAUGUUUACAUGGAUGAAAGAUCGUUUCAUGAUCAAUCUUCAGCUCUCAACAAUCCUGAGUUUAGACUAAAUCAAGUUUUAAUAAAUCCAAAAAGUAGUUUUGUCUAAACAAAAACUAUUAAAAAAAAUGAAUUUUAAACUUUGAAAAGUGUAAUAUCUAUGUAUCUUUGAUUACUAAUUUAACAAAAAAAAUGUGAUAUUUUAGUAUGUUAAUUAAAUAAACAUUAUCCUAUAGCA